GAGAGGAGACAGAACCCUAAAGCAAAGAAAUCUGGAUCACAGAAAAAGUAUUCAAAGGCCAUGCAAGCCAACUGUAGCCAACUGCACAGUCCUCCAGGAGCUGCAGGCAGUGAGGAUGCCUCAGCCUCCCAGUGUGCCCAUGCAAGAUUGACAGAAUGUUCUUGUCUUCAUUCUGGAGAUGUUCAUAUCCAGAUAAACUCCAUCCCUAAAGAAUGUACUGAAAAUCCAGGCUCCAGAAAUAUAAGGUCAGGUGUCCAUAGCCGUACCCAUGGAUGUGUACAUAGUCGCUUACGGAGUCACUCCCACAAUGAAGCCAGGCAGCCUGAUGAGACUGCCACGGAGUCUGGAGAUCACGGUAUUAGCUCCGUCUCAGAAUUCCAGUAUCUCUUCAAGUGGUUGCAAAAAAGUCUUCCAUAUAUUUUGAUUCUGAGUGUCAAACUUGUUAUGCAGCAUAUACCAGGAAUUUCUCUUGGAAUUGGGCUGCUUACAACUUUUAUGUAUGCAAACAAACGCAUUGUAAAUCAGGUUUUUCUAAGAGAAAGGUGCUCAAAGAUUCAGUGUGCUUGGUUACUGGUAUUCUUAGAAGGAUCUUCUGUUCUUUUAUAUUACACCUUUCAUUCUCAGUCACUUUAUCACAACUUAAUUUUUUUGAAUCCUACUUUGGACCAUUCGAACUUCUGGGAAGUACUCUGGAUUGUUGGAAUUACAGCCUUCAUUCUCAAAUUCCUCUUCAUGGGCUUAAAAUGCCUUAUUUUAUUGGUGCCUUCUUUCAUCAUGCCUUUUAAAUCCAAGGGUUACUGGUAUAUGCUUUUAGAAGAAUUAUGUCAGUAUUACCGAACUUUUGUUCCCAUACCAGUUUGGUUUCGUUACCUUACAAGCUAUGGGGAGUUUGGUAAUGUAACUAGAUGGAGUCUUGGGAUAUUGCUGGCUUUACUCUACCUCAUACUAAAACUUUUGGACUUUUUUGGACAUCUAAGAACUUUCAGACGGGUUUUGAGAAUAUUUUUUACACGACCAAUUUAUGGAGUGGCUGCCAGCAAGAGACAGUGUUCAGAUGUGGAUGAUAUUUGUUCAAUAUGUCAAGCUGAAUUUCAGAAGCCAAUUCUUCUCAUCUGUCAGCAUGUAUUUUGUGAAGAAUGCAUUACGUUACGGUUUAACAGAGAGAAAACAUGUCCGCUGUGCAGAACUGUGAUUUCAGACCAUAUAAACAAAUGGAAAGAUGGAGCCACUUCAUCACACCUUCAAAUAUAUUAAGUUGUACAAACUAUUAAGACCACAAAACACUAAUUUCUUUUGGUUAAA